AUGGCGGCCGUGGAGGAGAACGCUGUGGUGGCGCCCCUCGAAGGACACGUGCAGUGCUCCAAGUACAGCUGCGCCUUCCCGCUUCACGUCUUGGUCCAGGAAGGCAAGCACACGAACCUGUGCAACCUCUGCCACCGCCUCCACACGCUCCUGACACGACACCUGGGCGGCGCUUUCCUGAGCAAGCUUCAAGGAGCCACUCCCGCGGAGAAGCACGCGUUCUUGUCCGACCUCUGCAAGAAGCACGAGGCCGACGGGAACCUCAGCUACCAGAGAGUUCGCGACACUGUGACUGCACGCACGGUGUCACGUACGGUCACAGAGCACAGCAACACCCUGGGAGGAGAGUUCUUGCCGCUCUCCGUCUACAAAACAGGAGCUACUCGCCAGAGCAUGUCCAGAACAUCGAAAGGAACUGCGAAGCCGAGCGUGACGAAGGACGGCAUCGACAAGCAGGCCGAGGAGCUGCCGGAGGAGCCGGACAACUGCGUGGACUUGCUGUCGGACGAGGACGUGAAGGAGGAGCUCGUGCAGC